UGCUAGGGACCUACGGCGGGAUGGAAGCGUAUCGAACGCGAUUCUCACGAUAUGGCAGAUAUCCUUUGACCAUAUCCGGUCCAAGCGACCUUUGGCGGCGGAUCUCUUGUCACUUAUGAGCUUUUUCGACCGACAGGAUAUCCCUGGAAAACGAAGAGAUGACGGCGCAUUCGAAGACGAUGUGGCGAUGCUGACGGAUUACUGUCUCAUCGUCGCGGACGAGGCACAGGACGAGUUUGAGAUGCACGGGCUCGUGCAACUGUCGAUGAGGACGUCGCUAGAGGCUUCUAAGCAGUGUCGUUUCGUCCACCGCCGGCUUCGUCGAACACCUUGCGAAUUGCGUGGAUUGCAAAUGCCGAGCCGGAACUGCCGAAACGCAAGAGAUCGGGCGAAUUCGUUAAUCAUAAUAGUCUGCUCUAGAAUGCUGUCGGUUUUAGGGUCGCCUACCCUUCCCCACCCUCUUCUCCGCCUCCAGCACCACUGAAUCUCCACAGGCGCAACGCACUCCAUAAUCUGGAGGUGUUCAAUAUAAUAUUGUA